UUUGCGAGAUUUUAUCAGCUCACUUUUCAGAUCAGCUUGCUAAGUCGAUCCUUCAGUUGGCGAAGAUAAUUUAUUUUAAUUACAUUAAUUAUGACUGCAUUUGAUCAGGAUAUUCUAGGUUGAACUGAAUUAAAUCAGUUUGAGUUGGUUAGAUUAGAAAAGGUUCCAGUAGAUUAUGCCAGCCGUGCGAACUGGUAAUUUCUUUUUAGCUAGCUGAGAUUUCAGAAGAGAAGUGAGCUGCACAAAUUUUUGUUUACUCUAUUCAUUUUAAUUGAAAUAAAUUUGAACCUCUGUUUUUUAUGUAAUUUAGUUUUUAAAUGUUAUUUUAAUUCUUUUAUACACAAUAUUGCCAUCAAGUACUUCAACUUUUAACUAUUUUUGUGUCGCAAAAAAUUCGCAAUCAAUUCAGAAGCCUCUAUUAUUUGUUAUACAUGUUUUCGUCUUCUGUGUAACUGUUAUUUGUUAUGAUCAUGAUAAGUGUGCUUUGUUUCAACUUGUCAACCUUUUUUAUUUUUAUUUUUAAUGAUUCUUAACAAUCUGUUGUUAACUGAUUGAUGUGACCUAAAAGUGAGAGUGAAAAUUAGCUUUUGCUGGACUUUGAAAUCAAACCACCUCUCUGCACGGGACUGUUGAUUCACUGAUAAUUUUCCAACGAUGACUACUAUGAAAAUUUCAGCAUUCAUUUAUGAAAAUGGAGAAAUCGUUGAAAAAACGAUUGAAAGAUACAUUGGUACAUCACUGGAGUAUGCUGAAGAUCUAAUCAUUGACAUCUGCCGUGAGCGCAAAAUUGGUCCGAUUGCUCAGUAUCUGUUUUCAUUAUUCUGUCCUAAACUAAAUAUCUGGAUCUCAUCAAAUCAAAAGUUAAGUGAACUUGACUAUAAUUUCAAAUCUUUAGAGUUAAGGAUAAGAUUUAAACCUCGUGAUCUCCGUAAAUUGACCAAACUCGACGAAAAUGCAUUCGAUUAUUACUACUGCCAGAUAAGAGAUGCUUUCAGAAAUUCACGAAUUGAGGACACUGGUCAGUUAUUUGGACUAGUCAUUACAGAUCUACUCAUCUAUUUGCUGGAACGAAAGAUUCCAGUUGAAAAUGCUCUAAGCCAUAUUAAAUCGCUACGUGAUUUUGUUCCAAUUCCUUAUAAAGCCGAGUCUAAAUUUCUCAAAGAUUUAAAAGGGCCACAAAUUUUACAAAACCUCGCUAUGGCCAGUCAUGCUGCGUCAAAUAAUGAUGGUUUAGGUAAAAGUAAAUUCGUUAAAAAAGAGUUUAUCACUGAAAUUGUUAACUACGACAAGACAAUAAUAAAAGACCUCGGAUAUGAAACCUUCACUAUUUAUAAGUCAAGUAGGUUUGAAAAAAUCAAUGGAUUGCAAGGGACUAACGAAUUUCUUCUACAAAUACGACCUUUUCAAUCGAUUGAUAUUUUUACUGCUCAAAAAUCAAAUACACCUGAUUGGGUUUUCUUUUGUUCUAUUGAAGAUAUCUGUUUUAUAAUCGUCCAAAAUCUUGGCGUGGAAAUAUCUCGAAAGAAUGGAACGCCGGUCUUUCUCACAGUUGCAAAUCAAAUGGUUAUGAAAUCUUUACUAUCUCUACUGGAAGGUUAUCAUAGAUUGACGACUGGAGAUUCAAUUUGUAUCUGUGAAUAUGUUAUGCCACCAUCAAUACAACAAUUUAAGGAAAUCAGAUGUCAUGGACCAAUUAGUAGCAAUGAUUCUUUAUCCAUCUUCAUAGAUAAAGAUCAAUGUACUAUCGGUAACUAUUUAAUUCGUCAUGAUCAGAAAAGAUACGAAUAUGUAAUUGAUGUUUGGAUUGGAAAUUCUGGCAUUAAAAGUUUCCAAAUCGUUAAAAAAAUGAGCAAAUUGUUGGUACUUGAUCAGGAUCAACUAAUUGCAACAUUUUCAUCAUUCGAUGCACUUAAAAAGGAGCUCAAAGUAUCAUCUGACACUAACAAAAGCAUUGAUUUAAAAUUAUGUAUUCCACCAUUGGGAACAAAUAUUUUUGCAUGGGGAAUAUUGUGUGGAAACCAAGUAAAACAAGAAAAAUUGGAAUCACCAGAAAUUAUUACUGUGCAGUUGAAAUUCUCCAAUUAUUUAACGAAAGAGACUCGGAUGGAAUCGUUCAAAGACAAAUCAUUUCGUUACUAUUUAAUUGAUUUUAAAGAUGAUAAAUUACUUUGUAAAGUGCCGUCAACAGACCAGACAUUAAGCAAAUUCUUGAGACAACUGAAUUCGUGGUCUAGCCUAACAUCUGAUUUAGUUACAAGGACAAAAUUUAUCAGCAUUUGUCCGCCCGCCUUCAUCAGAAAUUAUUAUCCACUUGGACCUCUGGAUGAAUAUCUUCGUCGAAAUCAUUCCGAAAUAAAAACAUAUGAAUUGAUAGAAUGUGCCAUGUACUUAACUCGAGCCUUAUGUUAUCUACAUGAAAAUGCGAUUACUCACGGAAUGAUUAGAUGUCGAGCUUUACUACUGGUCGAACGAUCUAAUUCUCGAUUUCAAAUUAUACUUGGGGAUCCAUUUAUUCAUCUUGAUGAGAAUGAAGAUAGACUUUGGAUUCCGAAAGAAUACUCAGCCAAUUCUGAGUCAAUUCCAUUAUCUGUUGACAUUUUUGCUUGUGCCACUACUUUAUGGGAGAUUUUCAGCCUUGGUCAAAGGCCGCCAGGAACUGAUGUUUAUAAUUUAUCUCGUCCUUUAUCAUGUCCAUCUCCUAUUUGGCAACUGAUACAUAAAUGUUGGCAACCUGAUCCUGAACAAAGGAAACAUCCAAUGGAGAUGCACAGAGAUAUUCGUGAACUGUUUUUACGAGAAUAUCAAAUCAGAAAUUAUAGUUCAACGUCAGAAUAUGCAUACAUUGAAGAAAAUAAACACAAAAAACGUUCAAGUUUAGCAAAGCUUUUCAAUAAACUAACAACCAACUACAGAGUAUCAUCAGAAUAUGAUUAUAGAUUAGAAGACGACGAAAACAGUGUAGAUUAUGAUUAUGAUUCUGAUUUACCUUGGGUCAUUCCUGUAAGUCAUCUUCAAAUAUCAACAUUUAAUGGCCGAGAAGCUAUUUUAGGAAGUGGUGCCUAUGGAGAAGUUUUAAAAGCUCGUUAUCCAGCGGACUCAGAUAAUUUUGUAGCGGUUAAAAGGAUAACCCGUCGUGCCAAACAGCGAAAUGGUGAAAGAAUUAUUACUGAUGUAGAGAGAGAAUUUCAAAUAAUGACUCGCGUUUUUCAUCCGAAUAUCGUAAGCAUUAUCGGAAUUGUCAAAGAUCCAGAAAUAAUGUUAGUGAUGGAAUUUAUGGAGCUUGGUUCUUUGUCGAAGUUCUUACGUAAACUUGAGCCUGCUGAGAUUAAAUCGAUUCCAUUUAAAAAAUAUGCUCUCGACAUUGUCUCUGGAAUGGAGUAUCUUGAGAAGGUACGAAUUGUCCAUCGUGAUCUUGCUGCUCGUAAUAUCCUCAUGGCUUCGACUAAUAAAGUUAAAAUAUCUGAUUUUGGUUUGGCACAAUCUCUUGGACCUGGUGAAGAUAUCUAUUUUGUCAAAACACCACGUUAUCUUCCUUUUAAAUGGUAUGCUCCAGAAUCUAUCAAACAAGAUCCCAUCUUCACUCAUAAAUCGGAUGUUUGGAGUUUUGGAAUCACAUUGUGGGAACUUUUCAGCGUUGGAGAAGUUCCUGAUUAUCCUGUUGCGAAUAAAAAUUCUAUUGUUGAUUUAAUUAAAUUUUUAGAGGGAGGUGGAACUUUACCCAAACCCGAUAAAGAAGUGCCUGAUACAGACAAAUUUUGGCAAAUUAUGCUUAACUGCUGGAAAAUAGACGAAACUGAUAGGCCUAACUUUAGUCAGUUACGAAAUGAAAUCGAUGAAAUUUGUAAAGAUAUUUGACUUAUUUAUAUUUUUGUUUUAUAUUUUCAAUGAAUAAUAUGCAUAAAAGAAGUAAUAAUUUUACACUUUAAAA